AUGCUGGUCGCGCGACGAGGAGGGCAGGUCCAGUCCGCGACAUUUUCACACGACGGUUUGAUACUGCUCACUGUGUCGCUGGAUGGCGAAGGGAAGCUGUGGUGCCCGGAGAGUGGCCGGCUUCUUUGUGAGCUCAGCGGGCAAGCUGGAGGUGUUUUGUCGGGCGAAUUCUCAGCCGAUAGCAAGUGGAUUACGGGUGCAUCAGAUGAUUGCACCGCCAUAGUCUGGAAUGCCGAGACGGGCAAAUGCUCGCAAGUCCUCUCUGGACAUGAUGACGAUGUUAAGUCAGCUGCCUUCUCUCCGGAUGCCUCACUGGUCGUCACUGCAUCCUGUGACGGAACCGCAGGUCUCUGGAUGGCGGCAGAUGGCAGUAGACUCCGAUCUUUUGUUGGACAUGACGACGUGGUGAAGUCUGCAAUGUUUUCCUAUGAUGGAAUGCGCAUCAUCACGGCGUCAAUGGACGGAACCGCGCGGGUUUGGAACGUCGAGACUGGUGAGUGCUUGCAAGUUCUGCAGGGCCAUGCCAAGGCUGUCAAUAGUGCAGCUUUCUCACCUGACGACACUUUGUACCUCACUACGUCCUUUGAUGGGACGGUCCGAGUUUGGGAAGCCGACUCAGGCGAUUGCAAUCUGGUUCUUCAUGCCGAUAACAAAGUCGUGAAUAUGGCUCAGUUCUCGCCUGACGGUGCCAUGAUUCUGGUUGCCUCGGGCACUGAAUGUGUCCGCUUGCUGAGUGCGACUACAGGCGAAUGCAUCAUGACCUUAGACGGUCACGAGGAUUGGGUGAGGACAGCUAACUUCUCGCCUGACGGCAUGCUCAUCGCCUCUGCCUCCUACGAUGGGUGCGGCAUCCGAUCCUGGGAUGCUGUGCUUCAAAUUCACUGCACCUUCUAUCUCUUCCCAUGCUGUCGUGUUUCCCCUUCCUUGGGGAGAGCACCGAAGGUUACCGUAGCGCAACGAAAGCGAGAAGGGGCAGAGUGUGACCCGGUCAUCGGCGAGAUUGAGCUUAGCCAACUUCGCCCCAGAUAUUCCCCCACGGCGGCAUCUUUGAGCUUCAACUACGACUUCAGCUGCAUCGUGCUUUGCUGUGGCUUCUUGCGAUCAGACUUUUUGGAUGCCAGCACGGUCGCAAUGAUGAAGCAGGUGGCAGAACAGCUGGCUGAGAUCCAGGAGCAGCAAAAGGCUUCUGCCCAGACUUUUGCUUACCUCGCACAUCAGCACGAAGGCUGGCAGGUGGCACUGGAUUCCAUCCUUGAUCGCAUUGACCGGCUUACCGAAACAGAGGAGCGCAAAUUGGAUUAUCCGCAGAUGACACGGACGCCGCAGCUUCCUCCUUUACGUGGGGAUCCAGAUGGCGAGGCCAUGCAAGGAAGCAAGAGCAGCGGUUCAACGCCACAGGAUGACUCGAGAGACAACAAGCUCAAUACUCUGGUGCAGCAGAAUCAAAUGAAUCAGAAGUCCGAAACUUCGAUGAAGCUCAAACGGCUUGUGGAGCAGGGUUUGCAAGACCACCUCACAGCUAAUGCAGCAAGAGGCGUAAAGACACUACGAGAAAAGAUCGCGAUGAUGGUGCACUCCCAGAUGUUCGAGUACGCAGCGGGAUUCGUCAUCCUCGCCAACCUCUUUGUCAUCGGGAUCGAGGCGCAGCUUUCGCUGACCAUGGACUCGGAAUUUCCGGAACUGUCCUGGCCUUGGUGGAUGGAGAGAAUCUUUCUCCUGGUUUAUUGUCUGGAGAUCUUUCUCAGAAUCGUCGCCGGUGGUUUCGCUGUGCUCAAGGACGUCUGGUUCCUAAUGGAUCUCGCCCUCGUGAUAGUCGGCUGGACGGCUCUCUUAUUCCUGCCGCUGGCAGGUGUCGAUGCGCUGGCCGCCGAAAAACUGCUGAUCGUCCGCGGGCUUCGCCUGCUGCGUUUGGUGAGGGCUCUGCGAAUGAUCAAUCACUUCAAGGCCUUGAGCUCUUCAAGAGGAUCUCUCUGGUCUGUUCUCUUCCUUGACGCUUCGUAG